UUUAUUAUAUUAAUAUGGUUAUCACCACAAAAGACACAGCACACGACGAGGAAGCAAGGCGACUUGUUUCAGCAUUAUACAAUGUCUCAUUAAACGACCAACAAAAGCAUGACGACGAAGAUGUCGAGCAUAGAACACUCAAAGAAAGACUGAUACAAGCCAAAGAAGAGGACAUGGUGUGGCUUAAGGAUAUCAUAUCUACACGUAUGCAGCAUGGAAAAGGCGAGACAUUGUUCGAAAUAGGCGUUGAAGAUGAUGGGGCACCGAUGAAUUUGACAAUAGAUGAGUAUGACAAAUGUAUAAAGACAUUAACCACCUUGGCUGAAUCACUCGAUGCUGACCUGGCCAAUAUCGACGAACUAAUACAGUUGGAUAUUAACAAGGCAACGGAAUCAAACGCGCAGAAAGUAUCUCAUUUCAUGCUCAGAAAGCGUCCAAAAUCAGUACAGGAUGUGUUGGAAGCAAGAGUAGCGGUUGUAGGGAAUGUAGAUGCUGGAAAGUCUACCAUGUUGGGAGUCUUGACAAAGGGUAUCUUGGAUGACGGUCGAGGAAAGGCCAGAGUGAACUUAUUUCGUCAUAAACAUGAAAUCGAAUCCGGUAGAACAUCCAGUGUAGGUGGUGAAAUCUUGGGCUUUGACUCUCAUUCACGGCCGAUCCUUCAUCCAGCGGGAACAGGCAAGAAGCUGACAUGGGAAGAAAUUACGGAAAAGGCAGCCAAGGUGAUAAGUUUUGUUGAUCUGGCAGGACACGAAAAGUAUCUAAAGACAACCGUGUUUGGAAUGACUGGCAGUGCUCCUGAUUUUGCAAUGCUUAUGGUUGGUGCAAAUGCUGGUAUGAUCGGUAUGUCAAAGGAACACUUGGGCCUCGCUUUAUCACUGGCUAUACCCGUCUUGGUUGUGAUCACAAAGAUUGAUCGAUGUCCGGCCCAUGUGCUUGAACAAACGAUUCGUGACCUGACAAAGAUAUUAAAGUCCAAAUCAUGCAGAAAGAUACCACUGUUUGUCCAGAAUAAUCAUGAUGUGGUGGUGACUGCACAAAAUUUUGUUAGCGAACGUCUGUGUCCAAUCUUCCAGGUCAGUAACGUCACCGGUCAAGGCUUGGAUCUGGUCAGAAACUUUUUGAACGCUCUCCCUUCUUUGACAAGAUACGAAACUGAUAAACCGUUCCACUAUGAAAUCAAUGAAACUUAUUCGGUUCCGUUCGUGGGUACAGUCGUUAGCGGCAUCAUGCGAAGCGGAGUGAUUCAUGUGGGCGACAAGGUCAUUCUUGGUCCUGAUUCUGCUGGACAAUUUGUCACCACGUCCGUCAAGGGUAUCCAUCGUAAACGAGUCAACGUACCGGCGGCAACAGCAGGACAGUCAGUAACAUUGGCAUUGAAGAAUAUUCGACGUAGCGCGAUUAGAAAGGGCCAAGUCUUGCUCACUCACGAUAAAGAUCAGCCGAUGCCCAAGGUAUCACGGCGUUUUGAAGCUGAAAUCUUGGUUCUUUACCAUUCAACAACUAUCAAGUCUCGGUAUCAGGCCAUGGUCCACUGUGGAGCUGUACGUCAAACGGCAAGCAUCAUCACUGCCGAAAAGGAAGUGCUGCGAACAGGUGACCGAGCCAAAGUUGAAUUUGAGUUUGUCAAGAAUCCAGAAUAUCUGACAGUUGGAUCACGGCUGAUCUUUAGAGAAGGACGAACAAAAGGAAUUGGCAAAAUCACUCGUUUACUGUAACCAGAAUAAACAUUGUCCUCUUUUAUAUAAACGCUAGUUUUCGCAUAAAACCGUAACUUAGUUUCCGCAAAUUAUGAUCAAAUAUUUAGAAAAUCAUUGCUCCUUCAUGUCCAUGUUUUCAAGCUUCAAACUUGUAGGAAAUGUAGAUUGACAUGUUUAUUUAAAUUAAAGCUUUAUGAGCCCUCCUUAAUAAUAUCUUUUAAAU